AUGAGCUCCAUAAGUCCAUACAAGAUUGCCGUCUCAGACGAGAAGCUCCAGCGACUUCGCCAAAAACUGGAACAUACCACUUUCCCCGAUGAACUUGAUGAUUCGGGGUGGGACAUGGGUGUGCCUCUUGAUGAGAUCAAACGCCUGGUUUCAAUAUGGCGCCAUCAGUUUGACUGGAGGGCACAGGAGUCGAAGCUGAACGAGACCCUUCAACAAAUCAACGUUCGUGUUGCGGUGGAUGGUUUCGGUGAUCUGGAUAUACAUGCGCUGCACCACAAGAGUGGAAAUCCCAAUGCCAUCCCACUGCUGUUUAUUCAUGGGUGGCCUGGUAGUUUCAUGGAAGCAACAAAGCUGAUUCCGUUGCUCACUCAAAACGAUGGAGAUGGCCCUGUAUUCGAUAUGGUGGCGCCCUCCUUGCCCAAUUUCGGAUUCUCGCAAGGUGUCAAAAAGAAUAAGAGAGGAUUUGGGCUGGCUCAGUAUGCCGAAACUGUCCACAAAGUCAUGAUGGCGCUCGGAUACAGCGAAUACGUGGUCCAAGGAGGUGACUGGGGAAGCAUGAUAUCGCGUACCAUAUCCCAGUUCUACCCUCAGCACGUCCAAGCCAUCCACCUGAACUUCAUCCCCGUGAUACCACCCUAUCCAUGGCGAAGUCCGUAUCAGUUUUUGAAAUCCCUGGUUUCAGUGCCUUUCUCUGCAAAAGACAGGAGUCUCAUCGCCCAAACAGUGGGAUAUUUCACCGGUGCCAACGCAUACAUGAAGCAGCAAGCGACCCGGCCCCAGACUCUGGGGUACGGGCUUCAUGAUAGCCCCGUCGGACUUCUAGCAUGGAUCUACGACAAGAUGCAUUCUUGGUCUGAUGACUAUCAAUGGACAGACGAAGAGAUAUUAACCUGGGUCAGUGUGUAUUACUUCUCAACAGCAGGACCGAUGGCUUCGACAAGAAUCUACUUUGAGGCUUCGGCACCGAAAGGAAAAGUGGAUGAGUCUGAGGAUCCGCAGGAGAUGAACUUGAAAUACAUGUCGCUUGAGCAGGUCCUCGGCGUUCGAGCUCCCCAGAAUGUGCACUUUGCUGUGGCACAGUUUCGAAGGGAGCUCAUCAUGUUUCCUAUGGCGUGGUAUGGAUCCAUCGGGAAUGUUGUGCAAGAGAGCGAAUACGAUAGUGGUGGGCAUUUUGCAGCGUGGGAGGUACCUGGGUUGCUAGCUGCUGAUGUCAAGAAAUUCCUAGGCAAAGAAGGACCAGCAUACGGGGUUGUAGCUGGCAAAGAUGGAUAUUGA